AUGACGAAUACCUUUACAUAUGAUAAGAAGACUACUUCAGAACAGCCACUGUUCGAGUUCAAUUCACCAUAUUCACCCAGAGUAUCGUAUCAUUUUAACCCUAAAGUAUCAAACUAUCAUUAUGGUGUAAGACAUCCUAUGAAACCAUUCCGUUUAAUGUUAACUGAUCAUUUGGUAUCAGGGUACGGCUUACAUAAGAUAAUGGAUUUAUAUGAAACAAGGAGUGCAACACCUGAUGAACUUCGUAAAUUUCAUUCUGAUGAUUAUGUGAAAUUUUUAUCGAAGGUUACACCUGAAAAUAUAAGUAAGAUGCCAAGAGGCACAUUUGAAAAGUUUAAUAUUGGUGAUGAUUGUCCUAUUUUUCAGAAUAUAUUUGAUUACAGUUCAUUAUAUGCAGGUGCAUCCUUAGAUGCUUCAACAAAAUUAAUAAAUGAUCAAUCUGAUAUUGCAAUAAAUUGGUCAGGUGGGUUACAUCAUGCUAAAAAGGGUAAUCCAUCCGGAUUCUGUUACAUUAAUGAUAUUGUACUUUCAGUUCUAAAUUUGUUAAGAUAUCACCCAAGAGUUCUUUAUAUUGAUAUAGAUUUACAUCAUGGAGAUGGUGUACAGGAAGCAUUUUAUACAACUGAUAGAGUCUUUACAGUAUCUUUCCAUAAAUAUAAUGGUGAAUUUUUUCCAGCAACUGGUGAUAUUAACGAAAUCGGUUGUUCAAAAGGUAAACAUUUUGCAAUGAAUGUGCCAUUAGAUGACGGUAUUGAUGAUGAAUCUUAUGUUACUUUAUUUAAGUCAGUGAUAGACCCAUUGAUUACGACUUAUAAACCUACGGUGAUAAUACAACAGUGUGGUGCAGACUCAUUAGGUCAUGAUAGAUUAGGAUGUUUUAAUUUAAACAUUAAGGCGCAUGGUGAAUGUGUUAAUUUUGUAAAAUCAUUUGGAAUCCCAAUGCUUGUUGUGGGAGGUGGGGGUUAUACUCCAAGAAAUGUCUCUAGAUUAUGGGCUCAUGAAACAGGUCUUUUAAAUAACGUGUUGCUCCCAAAAGAGUUACCGGAUGGGUUGCCGUUUAGGGACUCUUUCGGACCUGAUUAUACUCUCUAUCCGGUGUUAGAUGAUUUGUUCGAAAACAAAAAUUCCAAGAAAUAUUUGGAAGAUACUAGAAUACGUUGCUUGGAGAAUAUUAGAUAUUUACAAGGUGCACCAAGUGUUCGAAUGGAUGCGGAGCUAAUACCUACGCAGGAUAUAUCUGGAUUGACACCGGAUGAGGAGGAUGAAAUUAAUGAAAUGAAUGAAGAUGAUGACUUGUGGAGGUUAAACCAAAUCGAAAAAGAGAAUUCAAAAAUACGAGAGUUCAUGUAA